AAUGGAAGUCCCUGUACUUGCAUCUAAGUACAGAAAAAACUAUGGGCUUGAUCAUUCAGUAUAUAAAGUGGUUGAAGGAAAAUGCGCCGAUUUGCUAGCUUGGUCUUGGGAGACGGGAGAGGAAAUUUUUGUUGGAAAGCAAGCAGGACCACCCACUAAACCUAACUUAACAAAGCUCUCUAUGGACUCUUUCAAAUUGUAUAGAGAAUUAAGGGAUUGUCUGAAUAUCCGCAUAUUAAAUGUAAUGAAAAUCAGAGAUGUUAGUUACACUAAUCGUACUGUGUUUAGAAUACUUGGAUAUUUGUUCAAAGUUAAGAUGUUAAUUAUGUGA